AUGUCUUCACCCAUCCCUGAGCUUGACUCUCCUCAGCCCGUGCAGAAAAAGACGAAUGUUAAGGACAAACUAAAGAAGAAAAAGUCAUCGCAGCAAAUAUCUGCACCUGGUACAGCCGUGCAGGGUAAAAAUGAAGGUACCAACCCGAAUUGGGCGUAUAAACCCCCAGAAGGAUCAAUACUACUGAACAAUGGCGACGACGACGAUCUUGAUUGGGAUGCUCUGAACAAGGAUGAUAACCUUGAGCUGUGGCUAAUACGCGUACCUGAUACGGUGAAAUCGAAAUACCUCAACGGUCUUAAAGUCGACCUACCAUCCUCAUCAAAAUGGGAAGGCGAGAAUGACUUAAUCGGUGGUGAAGAGCUACGGGAUAUAUCAUGUCUAGUACCUCGCAGUAAAAAAAGAGGGAAACUUUAUGCAGCUCCCAAACCCAUAGCCCGUCAUAUAGUUGUUUCCGCUCACGAAUCAUCUGUCGCCCAAACUCAGACCGGGCCACAUUCGGCAACCAUAUCACAGAACCCUCCACGACAUUCUUAUCCCAAGGAUGUUUUGAAACAUUGCUUCAUGCCAUAUGGCUCCCGGAAAGCUGACAUUCAAGUUGGAGUCAGUGACGGGAGAAGCACGGGGCAGGAGGAGUCGCUUGAAAAGGGGGCUAUACCUUCCGAUGGAAACCUCAAAACCUCAAAAAGCAAGAAGCGUAAAGUGGAAAGUGAAACACCCAAAAGGACGAAAAAGGCGAAAACAGUUUCGUGA